AUGGUUGAUGGCAGUGGUAACAUCCAUAAACUCAUGGCUAAUGGGAAUGAUAAUAAUGAGCUGCAAGAAGACAACAAUAUUCAGGAUAAAUUUUCAUUCAGAUUGUUUUUUCUUUGGCCUGACAAGUUAUGCUUGCGUUUUACCACAGGAACAAUGUCAAGGGCUCCCAUUCUGAUAAACGAUCUGGUCAAGGGGAACCAAGUAUGGAAAAUACUGAUUAGGGUUGUUGAUCUUUGGGUUGUUAAUGAGAAAAAUGGCCAUCAACACCUUGAGAUGGUCAUUCAAGAUGUAAAGGCUGAUAAGAUUCAUGUCACAAGUUGGAACAGAGAUUUCAAAGAUUGGUUUGAACAAGUGAAGGAGCAUGAGACUUAUAUUAUGUAUAACGGAGAGCCCGUGGACAACGAAGGUCCUUUAAAAGUCUGUUCCCACCCACUCAAGCUCGUCCUCAACGGAGGGACUACGAUGAUGAAGGCGGCGUUACCCGACAUACCAACCCACAAGUUCAUUUUUCAUCCUAUUGAUAACUUUCUCAAAGGGAACUACAAGCAUGACAUCUUAUAUGAUGUUAUAGGGGUGUUGCAAGAUGUUGUUAAGACACAAAUGGGCGGUGGUGGUAGGAAAUCUUGCGUCAAUAUUACCUUGCGAGAUGUCGAAGGGAAUGUUAUCGAGGUGGCAUUAUGGGAAACUUACGGCAAGCAAUUCAUGAACUACACUACCCCGAACAACACUUCUGGGCCUACAAUUAUCGUUUUGACCCAUGCCUGGUGCAAGCCAAAUUCAGUUUCCGGUCUUCCGUCUCUUUCGAAUGCAUGGAACGGCUCUAGACUUCUCAUUAACUUGGACCAUCCACAAGUGGAAGAUUUCAAAGCUAGUUUUGGAACUACUGAUUUAUCCGGUAUACCUGCCCUUUCCCAAUCAUUAACAUGCGAUUCUUCCAUUCAAUCUGGAAACAAUUUCUGGACUAACUUGAGUGAGGUCAGGAGUAUCCAUGCAAUCGCUGCACUAGCAAAGGAUUCUUUCGCAACGACUAUUGGCACUACCGUUGGUUUCAAAGCUUCCAAGAACGGAUGGUAUUUUGAGUCUUAUGCUGGGUCAUCUGGAAAUACAAAGACUGAACCUGUUAUGAAGUUCAAAGUUGAGGUUGAAGUUGUCUAUGGUGACCACAGUGGAACAUUUGUUUUUUGGGAUAAGGAUUGUAUUCCUUAUACGAAAAUGACUGCUAGGGAAUUAAGAGAGGUUAUGAAAGAGGCAGGAGAAGACAAUCCUAAAAUUUGGCCUGCUCAUCUAGAUGUUUUGUUGAAUAAAGAAUUUGUGUUCCGUGUCAAGUAUCAACAACAGUACCGACAAUUUUCUAUCGUUAAAAUACUUAACGAGGAGGGCCUUUAUGCCAAGUUUGACAAAUACCUCACCCCAGAUGAGACCAUGCCACUUCAGAACACUCUUGAAACAUCCACCAUUGCUCCUAUACUUAUUCCAAACCAACUCACACAGUCUUCGGAGCAAUCAAUCUGUGCUGAGCCAUACUCGGCUGCUAACCCGAAUUCGAGCCCAGAGGCAAGCUCCAACAGUACUCCAGCCAAGAGGGGAUCAGAGUCAACCUCGGUUAAUGAUAUCAUCCAGGCUGAAGAGAUCACUCCCAAACAAUCCGCCACUAAGCCCAAGACUGGAAGGAAGCUUAAGCAUUUGAAGAAAGAAUAA